GUAACAUUUGAGAACUAGAAUGGCGUGUGCAGUGUAUGUGGAAGUCAGUGCGUUCAACGUAAAUUUGGCUAAGAAGAAUGACAUUUUCUACAUUUUACCAGUAUGCAGACUUAAUGACAUCUGUAGUUUCACUGUGUAGGUGAAUUUACAAUCAAAAUGCCAGCGUACGGGUAGGAAUUAUUCCCUGUCACCUGAACUGUUCACGAAUUUUCAGCGUUGUCAAAUUUGACGGAGAUGGUGAGUUCACGUUAGCGCUUGUGCAGUGUUUGUUUACCGCAUAGUCGAGGCGUUGCUUCCCAUGUAUGUAGCACGGUCUACUACGGUCUACAUAAUUCAACGCAGGAGGCCUCGAUGACGGGUCUGGUUUUUACCCGCCUGAAUUUGAGUUGGAUUACUUGCUGGGUGCUGAGUACACCAUAUCAAAGUCAGCUAACCUUGGUCGUGGUUCGUUGUGUGUAGCUUCCAAAAUCGUUGGAAAUUUCUUGCCAGGUUUACCCGGAGGAGGAGGGAGGGGCACGGAGCACCAUGGCUGCGGCCUGGCUACCGUUCGCCCGGGCGGCAGCGAUCGGAUGGGUACCGAUCGCCCCGAAUGCUAUGCCCGUUGCUCCUGAGAGACACACCACCAUUAAUGAAGGUGGUAGAAUCAUACUCAACAUCAGUGGUCGCCGCUUUGAAACGUGGCGACACAUGCUGGAAAAGUACCCAGACACUCUUCUUGGAAGCAAUGAGAAGGAAUUCUUCUUCGAUGAAGAUUCUGGAGAAUAUUUCUUCGACCGGGAUCCAGAUCUGUUCCGCCACAUCCUGGCUUUCUAUCGUACAGGUCGUAUGCACUUCCCUCGGGAGGAAUGCAUCAGCUCUUUUGACGAGGAACUCUCAUUUUUUGGUGUCAUGCCAGAAAUUAUUGGGGACUGCUGCUACGAAGAUUACCGUGACAGAAAACGAGACAAUGCCGAACGCCUAAUGGAUGAGAGGAGCUCUGAGAUGGGAGAUACUCCUGUGUUACAUACUAUGAGAGAGAAGAUGUGGCGUGCAUUUGAGAAUCCCCAUACGGGCACAGGGGCAUUGGUCUUCUACUAUGUGACAGGGUUUUUUAUUGCUGUGUCUGUCUUUGCUAACGUUGUGGAAACAGUAACAUGUGCUCCCUUCCCUGGCACUGUUGAGGAAGUAUCUUGCGGAACACGAUACAAGGAUGCCUUCUUCUGCCUAGAUACUGCGUGUGUGUUGAUCUUUACUGUGGAAUAUAUACUGAGAGCGUAUGCCGCUCCGGACCGCUGUAAAUUUAUGCGGAGCGUCAUGUGUGUUAUAGAUGUAGUGGCUAUAAUGCCGUAUUACAUAGGGCUCAUGUUCAACAGUGAUAGCCUGAGUGGCAUGUUUACCACGCUUCGAGUGUUCCGAGUUGUAAGAAUUUUCAAAUUCUCACGUCAUUCACAAGGAUUACGUAUCUUAGGGUACACACUGAAAAGCUGUGCAAGUGAACUUGGAUUUUUGCUGUUUUCGCUGACAAUGGCCAUUAUAAUUUUCGCAACGAUCAUGUUCUAUGCGGAGAAAAAUGUUCCUAAUACUAAAUUUUUCAGCAUUCCCGCCUCCUUCUGGUAUACAAUAGUGACCAUGACAACACUUGGGUAAGUUACUAAGUACUUAACAAAGUAUAGACUACAGUUUGUUGAU